UGGCAGCAGUGGCUGCAGCUGGUGGCCUGGGGCAGCCAGCGGGCACCGCAGAGCCCCCGAGCCCAGAGAGGGGCUCUGAGGCCACCUCCAGAGCUGGCAGUGAGCCCGCUGCUGGGCUCCCUGCCACCUCCCAGCGGUGGCUGCACCCUCCUGCCCUCCCCACGGCUGCUGCUGGCCCCUCUGCAGGGGCUGCAGUGGCACAGGUGGCACCCAACCAGCCGGUGCCACUGCCAGGGGCGGCCGUGGGGUCUCAGCUCCCACCCGGUGUCCCUGCAUGGGCCCCGAUGGGUGCUGGCUCCUGGAGCCCCAGCACAGCAGAGCAGGUGGUGGCCUCUGCUCUGCCAGCACAAGGGACACCCGGCGGGGCCCAGCUGAGCCCUGGCAUGGUGGGGGUGCCCCCUGCCCUGACACCAGAGGGGCUCGGGGGCACUGCUGGCACUGCCCUGCCUGGGGCAGCUGCUCCCUUGGGGGAUGCUGUGUUGGCCCAGCUUCCAGGCAAUGGCUCUGGACUCCUGGAUGCUGUCCUGGCAUCACUUCCUGCCACUGCUGCAGCUCCUGGUGCCCACAGUCAGCACCUGCUGGCUUCUUCUCUCCCCACGGUGACAUCUGGGGCUCCUGCUGUCACCCUGGGGACGCAGAGGGAGUGGCCUUCUGGCCCUGCACAGCCCGUGCCCACUGGAGCCUCCCCAGUGCAGCCCAGGGCUCCCAGCCCUGCAGGUCCCAGCGUGCCUGGGCUGAGCCCCACAGCCCCUGGUGUCACCCCAGAGCUGGGACAGACGUUUGUGACGGAAGAGUCCAGGCACAGCCAGCCCAGGCCAGCACCAGUGGGAGCCGUUCCCUCUCCAGCAGCACCCCCAGGGCCCAGCCCUGCCAGCCCAGGCUCCGUGCCUCCCCCCUGCUCCCCAGAGCCAGCUCUGCAGCGUGGCUCUGAGCCUGGGCACCGCACUGCCCCCAGCAGCAGCGUGCCAUCUCCAUCCUGCCUGCCUGCCUCUCCUGCAGCUGGGCAUGCAGCCAGCUCCCUGCUCAGCUCCCCGAGCCUGCCUGUGCCCACAGCAGGGCCCCUCCAUGCCCUGGCUGUGUCCCGUGGCUCCAGCCCUUCCCAGCACUCCUGCACAGCCAUGGAGCAGCUCCCUGCAGCCUCCAGAGCGGCCUCCAGCCCAGCUGAGCAGAUGCCAAAGGGCAGACCUGGCUCCACAGGGAUGGAAUGCCCUGCGUGCCACCCCUGCAGCCUCCCCUUGCCCACCCAGCCUGUGCAAGUGCUGCCCUUGCAAUUCCGCCUGCUGGGCAUGGCUUUCUGCCCAGCUCUGGGCAGCAGGGAUUCGGAGAGCUACCGGCAGCUGGAGGCAGAUGUGACACUGCUGCUCAACCAGAUGCUGUCCAGCUACAAGAGCUUCCUGCAGGCCAAUGUCCUUGAGUUCCUGAAUGGCUCCGUGAUGGUGCGAGGGGAGGUUCUGUUCCGGGGGGAUGCUCCUGCUCCCACCAACUCCCACCUCAUCCGCACCGUGGUCACAGAGGCCAGCAAGGGAAGGAGCACCUUCAGCUGGCAGCUGGAGCCCCAGUCUGUCCUGUCUGGUGGCUUCAGCCUGGAGAACCUGGAGCCCGAGAAGCUGUCCAUCUCCCUCGCUGGCCCCCAGCUUGGCAUGGGCAGGAUGGAUCCUCUGGAGAGGCUGGCCAGAGAGGUGACUGCAGCUGUCAGUGCCCUCUACGACGUGAGGAACUUCACCAUCUCCCAGCUCAGGAACCUGGGUGAGAACACGGAGGUCACUGGAGACCUCUACCUGGACACAGUUGUCCAUGCUGACGUGACGGAGGUUCUGGAAGCCCUGGCUGCGCUCUCUGGCCUCUCCAUGGGCCUGAGCUCCCUCUGGGUGGAGGGCUCCAGGCUGGCUCUGCACGUGUACCCUCUGUCCCUGCUGGUCACCAACAGACGCUUCAGGCAGGAGCUUCAGGACCCGCUCUCUGCAGAGCACCACGAGCUCUCCAGGGACCUCAGCGAUGCGGUGGUGGGAGCCCUGAGGGAUUACCCAUCCUUCCUGACAGCAAUCAUAAAAGAAUUCCUGCCUGGCUCCUUGAUCUGCCACGGGCAGCUGAUCUUCCGUCCCCCUGCCCCACCCAGCGUGGAGGUUCUGAAGACACUCGUGCGCUCGGUUGGGCCAGACCAGGCUCUGGCUGGCUCUGACUUCCACGUGGAUCCCCACUCUCUCUCGGUGGGAGAGGACACCCUGGAGCCUGCCACGCCCCAGCCGGGCUCCCCAGCCUCCGGAGUGGCCUUGGUGGCCAUCGGGGGCCUCUGCAUGGUGGCUGCGCCCGUCGUGCUCGUGAGCCUGGGUGCCAAGAGGCUGGCUGGAAGAGCCCUUUGGGACACAAGAGACCCUCAAGUGGGGAUCCAGACGUUGGAAAUGGAGAACCAGGGCUUCUGGACAGAGGGGAGUGGCCUUUGCAUGCCUUGCUUUAUCUCCUGGGCCUGCAGCUGCUGUUUCUGCAGCUCCCAGGCUCUCCUGUUGCCUGGUGCUGAUCUCUGGGGCUGGACAAGCCUGUGGGCGGCUGGAGGGAAGGGACCCUCAUUCCUGCCUUCACUGGAGCUGUUUCAAGUGCCUUCUUCCCUCUCCCCUGCAGGACCCUGAGGAUGGUCACUUGGAAUGGCAAAACACUUCUGCCUGAGGAGAGCAGCAGCAGCAGCUGGGGGGAGCUUGGAGAGGGGCUGUAGGUGGGAAGGAGAUGCUGAGAAGCUCUCCCUGAUCCUGUGGCAGCACCUGCCAGCUGCUCCCUGAGCAGAAUGCAGACUCGGGUGUGUAAAGGAAUCAUUUUGUGUCUUAAAUAAACUGUUUGUAGAGCAUGAAA